AGAGAGGGAGAGAGCACACAUGUGAGAGGGGCACAGAGAGAGAGAAUCCUAAGCAGGCUCCACACUCAGUGCCUAGUGUGACACUGGGAUCAUGACCUGAGCUGAAACCAAGAGUCUGACACGCUCAACUAAGUCACCCAGAAGGCCCUAUAUUUCUCGUUAAUUCUUAUAGUUUGUAGAUUCUCUGGGUUUUUUAUACAUACCAAAUAUAUAAGUUACAGCAUCAUUUAAAAUAUUAUGUUUUUUAGGAAUAAAUCUAAAGAUAGGAAUAAUGCUAAAGAAAGAAAGAUGGACACCAACUCUACACUGGAAAUUACAAAUCAUUGAAAGACAAAGGUCUAAAUAAAUGGAGACAGUGAUAUACCAUGUUGAAGGAUUAGUAGAUUUAAUAUUAUAAAGAUGUUAAUUUAUAAUUCAGCAUAACCCCCAUCAAAAUCCCAAGUUGUGUGUGUUUUUUUUUUUUUUUUUUAUUAAAUUGACAAGCUGAAAACUCAGACAUACCUACAAAGAAUGAGGAAUGACCGAGUUAUUCUUAAAGAACAAAACACUGGAGUACUUAGUAAAUACAAACAGUAAAAACACACAGGUGGUCAGCUGACUUACAACAAAAGUGAUUAAACAGUGUAGUUCCCAAGGUGGUCUUUAUAAUAAAUGAUACAAGAUCAAGUGAAUAUUAUGAAAAAACAUGUACAUCUUGAUCUGUCUUCACAUGCCAAAUACCAGAAUCAAUUUUCUUUAGGAAUUACAAACUAAAUGUGAAUGAUAAAAUACUAAAGCUUUUCAAAGGUAACAGGAGAACUUCUGUCUGACUUAUAAUAGGUUGUGACUCAGGAAAUACCUAAGAUCACCCCCAGGGAAGAACAGAGCUCAGCAAAGCUGGUAUACUCAUGGUUGCAGUUUAUACCAUGGUAAAUGCAGAUUAAAAUCAGCAACAGGAAAAGGUACAUAGGGCAGGGUACAGGAGAGACCUGGUAUAGAGAGCUUCUAGUUGUUUGCUCCCAGUGGCAUUGUGUGAACAGUGCUUGCUUCUCCCAACAGUGAUAUGUGGUGAUGCAGACAGAGUGUUGUCAACCAGGGAAGCUCAACCAAACCUUGGUGCCCAGUGUUUUUUGGGGGGCAUCGAUGUGGAGAUCAUCCUGAUUCUGUUGACAUCCUGAAGUGAUGCUCAAUGCCAGGAAAUCUCUUCAGUCUUUAAAUUUAUCUGUCAAGAGAGUAUGGCCCUGCACAGCAGAAGGUGACAUCUUGAGUGGUGAUUUCCUCAUUCCAGGGCCCAUAUCUACUUAAAUACCAACUACCAGACAUCCUGAAGCUUCAGGGCUAAUAAUGGGAUUGAUCAUACGAUAUGCUACAGCACCAACUGAUAUUGAAAGUGGAACUGUGUAUGAUUGUGGAAAACUGGCCUUCAGUCCAUCAACUCUGCUGAUUAAUAUCACUAACCAAGUUUAUGAAUAUAAAUACAAGAGAGAAAUAAGCCAACAUAACAUCAAUCCUCACCAAGGCAAUGCUAUACUUGAAAAGAUGACAUUUGAUCCAGAAAUCUUCUUCAAUGUUUUACUGCCACCAAUUAUAUUUCAUGCAGGAUAUAGCCUGAAGAAGAGACACUUUUUUCAAAACUUAGGAUCUAUUUUAACAUAUGCCUUCUUGGGAACUGCCAUCUCCUGUAUCGUCAUAGGGUUAAUUAUGUAUGGCUUUGUGAAAGCUAUGGUAUAUGCUGGCCAGUUGAAAAAUGGAGACUUCCAUUUCACCGACUGUUUGUUUUUUGGUUCACUGAUGUCUGCUACAGAUCCAGUGACUGUGCUGGCCAUUUUCCAUGAACUGCACGUCGACCCUGACCUAUACACACUCCUGUUUGGGGAGAGUGUGUUGAAUGAUGCAGUGGCCAUUGUCCUUACAUAUUCUAUAUCCAUUUACAGUCCCAAGGAGAAUCCAAAUGCGUUUGAUGCUGCAGCAUUCUUCCAGUCCGUGGGGAAUUUCCUGGGGAUCUUCGCUGGCUCGUUUGCAAUGGGGUCUGCAUAUGCUGUUGUCACAGCACUGAUAUCCAAAUUUACCAAGCUGUGUGAGUUCCCUAUGCUGGAAACAGGCCUGUUUUUCCUCCUGUCUUGGAGCGCCUUCCUGUCUGCUGAGGCUGCCGGCCUGACAGGAAUAGUCGCUGUUCUUUUCUGUGGAGUCACCCAGGCACAUUAUACCUACAACAAUCUGUCAUUGGAUUCCAAAACGAGGACUAAACAGCUGUUUGAAUUUAUGAACUUCUUGGCUGAGAAUGUCAUCUUCUGUUACAUGGGCCUGGCGCUGUUCACGUUCCAGAAUCAUAUCUUUAAUGCUCUUUUUAUACUCGGAGCCUUUCUGGCAAUUUUUCUGGCCAGAGCCUGCAACAUAUACCCCCUCUCCUUCCUCCUGAAUCUGGGCCGAAAACAGAAGAUCCCCUGGAAUUUUCAGCACAUGAUGAUGUUUUCAGGUUUGAGAGGAGCAAUAGCAUUUGCCUUAGCUAUUCGGGACACAGAAUCUCAGCCCAAACAAAUGAUGUUUACCACCACGCUGCUCCUUGUGUUCUUCACAGUCUGGGUAUUUGGAGGAGGAACAACCCCCAUGCUGACUUGGCUUCAGAUCAGAGUUGGUGUGGAUCUGGAUGAAGAUCUGAAGGAGCCCACCUCACACCAGGCAACAAAUAACUUAGAUAAAAACACAACCAAAACAGAGAGUGCUUGGCUCUUCAGAAUGUGGUACAGCUUUGACCACAAAUAUCUGAAACCAAUUUUAACCCACUCUGGUCCUCCGUUGACCACCACGUUACCUGAAUGGUGCGGGCCAAUUUCCCGGCUGCUCACCAGUCCUCAGGCCUAUGGGGAGCAGCUAAAAGAGGAAGAUGUAGAAUGCAUUGUGAAUCAGGACGAACUGGCCAUGAGUUACCAGGAGCAAGCUACCUCGCCCUGCAGUCCUCCUGCAGGGCUGGGUCUGGACCAGAAAGCUUCACCGCAGACUCCAAGCAAAGACAACAUUUACGAGGGGGAUCUCGGCCUAGGAGGCUACGAACUCAAGCUUGAGCAGACUCCGGGUCAGUCCCAGCUGAAUUAGUGGUGAACAGUGCAGACGUAAUCACAAGUAAUGCCAGGCUCACUGAGAGAUACAAGCCAAGCUGGGGAGGCAGCAUGGGGAAUAGAAGCUGGAAAAUGCAGUAAGAGCACAAAUUGAAGAGAAUCAAAACCUUGUCACAAGUAUCCUCUGGUGCCUAAAGAAAUGAGAAUUUAUUAUCACCCCUCUCUAUUAUGCAACUGAAUUUAAGUUUUUGACAGCAGCCAUUUUUAUUAGCGACUUGGGUGGGGUGGGAAGGGCAGAGAAGCGAGAGUCAGGAGUCUCGCUGCUGUUAAGGGAGGAACAGAUACCCUUGUGUCUGAGGGGUUUCCGUUCAGUAGGCAGCUCUCCAGGCCUUCGCUUCAAUUUUGGAUUUCAUUCCCUUCAUUAGGGAGAGUUUAAAAAUAAGGAAAAAAGUUUCUGAGCAUAAACAUCUGGCUUCUAAGCUGGAGGUUAUGCCAAGUUAUUUAGUACCUGAUUAUUUGUAUAUUAAUAAAGACCUAGACUCCCACCUGCCCUUAAUGACCUCAGGGCUAUUUGCAAAGCCCAGACAAGGGAUCGAUACCACUGCUGAUGGCCUCACAGAAGCCGUGCCGUGUGGCGACCCACUGUUCUCAUGGGCAUUCUUGUCAAGCUGCUUCUCCCAUGGAAUGAAUCAAAGGGUUAGUUCCAGCUGGGUGUACCCUGCGCUAAAUGCAGCUCCGUUUUCCAACUUGGUAGGACCCUUCCAGGAAGAGCAGUUUUCUUUUCUCCAUACUAUAUUUUACCUGAAGAACAAGGCUCCCCGUCCUUGCUUGCAUUUGAGUCACUCCUUAGCCCUGUGGCAGGUCCCCUCUGUACGCUGAGUAAUGAGAUUCCACAGCACAGGUUGUUCUCCACGUGGCAGGAGACAGUGCAGGAGUCCCAACCCGUCUUCCAGACCCAACACCCACAGCUGAUUAGCAAGAGCAGAAGCUAGAGGAGCAGAGCCGAUGAUGCAUAGACCAUACUGAAGACUCAAGGAUGCAGCCUGGGGACUCCUCUUACAAGAUAUGGCUCAUAGCCCAUGACAGACAGACCGACACAAUAGCUUUUAAUUCAGCUGCAUGAUCUGUGCCUUUUAAGCCAUAAAGAUACCUCAAGCCUAGCUUCUCUUGAAAUACAGAUGUUAAUAUUAGACUCCGAAAAAGCAGGCUCUAGUCUUAGGUGCCCAGGCUAUGAUGGGUCUGUUUCUGAAGGAGGUAGGGAAUGUCUUCCUCAGGCCCAAAGCUUGAAAAUAACAUAUGCUUUGCUAACCAGUUGUUAGGCUAUUAACCAUGGUGGUGUCAGACACACUGCUACAUAUAUUGAUUUUCUUCCAAACAGUUGAAUCCAGGGGCACAAACUGUUUUAUACUCAGCUAAGUAUAAUCUGGUCAUUCCGGGUAAAUAUGUAAAUGGCAAAGCAUGAAGUUUUCUAUUUGACCUAAUCCUAAUAAACUUUUGUCAUAAAGUA